AUGGCAGCAUGGCUUCGGCCUUGUGCUGCGCGGCCCGCUGCUCACCCGCCAGCUGCCGUUUGCAGCAGGCGGCUUCCCGCCAUCCGCGUGCGCCGAAGCCUGGCCCUCGCCGGGCUCGCCCUCGGCGCCGCAGGCGCUGCGCGGACGAGGUGUCGCGCAGGCGCGCGAGAUGCCGUGGCGGUGCUCAUGGACGGGGACGGCCAGGGCCCCCGCGAGUUUCGUGCCGCGUGGAAGGCGCUGAGCAGCUGCGGGCGAGUGGUGUACACGGGCGUCUUCGCCGCGAGGGGCCAGCUGCGGCGCCCGGAGUGGCGGAAGUUCUGCGAGGAGUCUGGGGCCGAAGGUGUCGCCGUGGAGCCCGAAGCGCAGGAGUUGCCCAGCACCGCGCUGGCGCGAGCGGCCCUCAGCUGGGCCGAGCACGCGGUCGUGGCGCUCAUGCCGUCGGAGCGCGAGGGCCGCCCGGCGAGCUCUUGGGACGCCAACCUGGACGUGGACUUCGUGGCGUUGGCGGAGCUGCUGACCGCGCGGGGCGCCCAAGUUUGGGCCGUGCUGCUGGAAGGCCCGGCCUUCCGCUGCCCCGAGUCCGUCGGCCUGGCGGCGCAGUUCCGGCGCAGGGGCGUGGAGGUGUUUUGGGUCGAGGUGGCCUGGUUCGGAUUCCGCACGCCGCGGAUGCGGGCGGUGCUCGAUGCGACUGGUGCUGCUGGCUGCGUUGAGCCGAUCCUCCAGGAGCGCGGGCCCUUGCCGGACAUCACCCACUUGAUUGCUCACCUGCUGGAGCAUGGCUUCAUGGAGACGCCCCGGGAUGCCAUCGCACCUGCUAUCGCAAGGUUCUGGGCACAGAACGUCGCCAGCCGCUUGACGGUUUGGCCUGCGCAGUACCCGCUUCACCAGCUCAACGACAUUCUAGGUUCAGGCUCCACGUGGAAACUCCGCAGCGCAGAGAUGGCCUUUGUGAUGCCCCUGGGCAGCAAAGGCCGUUCCACCAAGGAGGUCAUCGCCAGAUAUGGUACAGCGGAUUGCCGCUCAAUUUAUUUAGGAGGCGGGCCCUUCUUGCUGGAAGACUCGCCCGAGCUGCCAUCGGAGGUGCUGAGACGACUGGGCUACUUGGACGAUGAUCUGAACAGCGAUUUGGAUGAAGCUGUUGCACUCUUCUGCGAUGGCACUGCAAAUAGGCGCACCCUGCAAGUGGCGGACUGCGCCCCUUUGGACGCAGGCACAACGCGGGAGCGCCUGCAGCGGCUGCGCUCUGCACUUCUGUGCCAGAAGAUUUACGGCGGCUGGCGGAGCGCGCCGAGCGACAACUUGCUUCGCAUCAAUUUCACGUCGAAGGGCCUCAUCAGCAAGGACUGCGCGAUGCACGGUUCCGUUCUGCUUGCCAUCCAAUCUGGUUUCUGCCUCGCAUGCUUUCCAUGUCGAGUUCUCAGGUCGUACAAUAGCCUGGUGUCUUGCAUCCAGGAGGACGUGAAUCGAAACGGCUGGCUUUGGAGCGAGAAACAUGGGCGCUACAACUGCAGCUGCGUUCCCUUUGGUGCCGUUGAAAGACAGAGGGGCCUGCUUGGAAAGGCUCGAAAUCAGAAUCACGAGGUCGAAUUCCAUGGAUUGCCCUUGGCUUGCCAUUUCUUGUCUUUGACACUUGGCUGUGGGUCAAAAAUAGGCAAAAUUGAACCUUGGUAA